CUCCAACACGUCCAAACACCUUGACCUCUCGCAUCAUGGCUGAUACUCAGGUUCCCGUCGAUGACACCCCGAUCAACCCAGUCGCUCCGCCGGCCGCCGAAGCCCAGUCGGUCAUGACGCCCAUCAACAUGGUGCUGCUGUCGCUCUUCGUGGUGCUGGUGUACCUGCGCCUGCGGCCCAAGCCCGCCCAAGUGCUGCCGAAAGCGCCCGCGCCCGUCGUCUUCAAGACCUUCACGCCGCCGACGCUGCUGCCCUACAACGGCGAGAACGGGCAGCCCGUGUACCUGGCCGUGCGCGGCCGCGUCUUCGACGUCACCCCCGGCCGCAACUUCUACGGCCCCGGCGGGCCCUACGCGAACUUUGCCGGGCGCGACGCCAGCCGCGGCUUGGCCUGCGGCAGCUUCGACGAGGACAUGCUGACCAAGGACCUUCAGGGCCCGUUGGACAAGCUGGAGGACCUGGGCGACGAGGAGAUGGAGGCCCUCAUGGGCUGGGAGGAGCGCUUCUCGGAGAAGUACCUCGUCGUGGGCAAGCUGGUGCCGGUCGGUAGCGACGAGGCCAAGGACGCCGAGUCGUGAGAGGGCGGAUAUGGGUAGUUUGGUGGUGGGGAGUUACAACGAAGAGACACUGGAGGGAUGAUGGAGGGGUACUCCUAGGGGCAAGCUGAUUGGAGUAGUUUUAAAAAGUCGCCACACUGCACGGCAGAAUGAACGAGCGUCAUCAGUUCGUCGUGACACUUUUUGACGGAUGACCCGUCCAGGACCACUGGGCACGACGGGAUUUGCCAGUAGCCG